AACAAACGAUAUUUUCAGAUAUUAGUUUGUGUUAAUAAAAUGUCCGGGGAAGCUAAGAAGCGUAAGUUUGCCGGGAAAGGAAAGGGAAAAAAGGAAAAUGAUCUCAUUAAUGGUAUUAUUGAACCAGGAAGAAGUAAAGGGGGAUUAUCGGACAGUGGUCCAGGGAUCUGUGUUAAAACAAUGUUUAUUAUUAUUUUUGCUUCCUUUACUGUUGCAGCAACAGUAUUUUUCACAGGGUACAGACAAGGGGAUUUAAAUGAAUUGAUGGGGAAAGUUCCCCCUGAAGUGUGGGAAGCUAAAUCAGUUGUUGAAACAGAGUUCAAUAAACUAACGGCAUCAGUUGGAAAGACGGUUGGACCGGGUUGGGAGAAGUUGAAGAAGGAAUCUGGUCCCUACCUGGAGAAGGUUAGAGUCGGAGCUGCUCCCGUCCUUGAUCAAGUUUCAAGUGCUGCAGGAGCUGCAAAGGUUCAACUAGUCCAUGUAGCAGACGCAGUUCUCAGGAAUAUUCACAUUAAUAUAUAA